AACCGGAGUUAGUUUUAAAUCAUAAAUAGAAAAAAAAAAACGUAAUGCCCGUUGUAGAUAUAUUCAUAAUUAUUAACUUCUUUUCAUUCAAGGGGGACACAUGUUGUUGGAUAUGUGACAACUGCGAACCGUAUGAAUAUGUAAUAAAUGAGUUUACAUGUAAGGACUGUGGCCCAGGCUUUUGGCCAUAUCCGGAUAAAUUAUCGUGCUUUGCUCUGGAAGUGUUAUACAUUCGCUGGCAAUCCUUAUUUGCUUUGAUCCCAUUGGCAAUUGCUUUAUUUGGCAUUAUAAUGACCGUCAUCGUUAUAGUAUUAUUUGCUAAGAACCAUGACACGCCGCUGGUGCGGGCUUCAGGACGCGAACUAAGCUAUACUCUGUUGUUUGGAAUUUUAGUUUGCUAUUGUAAUACUUUUGUUUUGAUAGCCAAACCUACGAUAGUAUCAUGUAUUUUACAACGAUUUGGUAUUGGUGUCGGAUUUUCCAUCAUUUAUAGCGCACUAUUAACAAAAACCAACCGAAUAUCGCGUAUAUUUCAUUCAGCGUCGAAAUCGGCUCAACGACUAAAGUAUAUAAGUCCACAAUCUCAGGUGUUUAUAACAGUAUCCCUUAUAGCUAUACAAGUGCUGAUCACCAUGGUUUGGAUGGUAGUCGAACCGCCAGGGACUCGUUUUUAUUAUCCUGAUCGAAAAGAAGUUAUUUUAAAAUGCAAAAUGCAAGAUAUGUCAUUUUUAUUCUCUCAACUAUACAACAUGAUAUUGAUUACGGUCUGUACACUUUAUGCCGUUAAAACACGUAAAAUACCAGAAAACUUUAACGAAUCCAAAUUUAUUGGAUUAACAAUGUACACAACAUGCAUAAUAUGGCUGGCAUUUAUACCUAUUUAUUUCGGAACGGGAAAUUCAUACGAGCAAGAAACAACUCUGGCGGCUUUAGAUGUUUCAAACUUAACGAUGGAUUUCCAAUGGCUGAAACCAGCGCCCUCACGCAACCAUUGUUUAUUGCAAGGGGGCCGGUAUGUUUAA